AUGGGAAAGUCGGCAAAGAAGGCAAAGGGGGAGGGGAAGAAAGCAGGGAUUGGGGCCCUGAAGCGGGGAGCAGGGGGAAAGCAGUACAUGAAGUCGAAAGGACAGACUCAGACAGGAGCAUGGGGAGAUCUUUCUGGACUGAGCGCCACUCGGAAAGCCAAAACACACAAGGGACGGCGCAUAUUGGCUGCGCGAGAGAGCGAGUCGUUUCCUGCAGUCAAAAGUUUGCUGCUAUUGCGGGGCAGCCGCUGCAGCGCCGAUCUACUCGGCUUACUGGGGGACCUGCGGGACUUGAAAAAACCAAAUGCAGUGUAUUUGUCACAGAGGAAGCAGGAAAACUUGCACCCGUUCGAAAACGCAGAACCCAUAGAGUACCUAGCUCGCAAGAAUGGAUGCGGCCUCUUCGCUUAUGCCAGUAGCAGCAAGAAACGCCCAGCCAGAUUGGUGCUAGGUAGGGUCUACGACAAUCAGAUAUUGGACAUGCAGGAGUUCGCUGUUGCUCACUACACGCCUGCUGCUGCGUUUGCUGCAGUACAAGCGCCCGCCGCAGGCUCCGCUCCACUGCUGUUGCUGCAGGGAGGCCUGUGGGAUGUUUCUGAUGAAAUGAGAAACGCGAGAAACAUCUUCGGUGAUUUGUUCAGAGCAGCAGAAGUUCCACCUGAUGGUCCUACUCAGAAAUUGUACUUAGGAGGGGUCGACCGCCUCAUUGCUGUUAGCGCUGUACAGGCUACACCAGGCAGCGCAGCCACCGCAACAACAACUGCGGCGGCUGCAAAAGCAGUUAUGGGAGGCAGUGAAGACUGUGAAACAGAAGCCUCAGCAUCUGGUGCAACUGCUGAUGGCACUGAUUCCACUGCCGCUGACAGUGGGUACUCAGGGGACGUUUUGAUUUGCGUAAGGCACUACAGAAUCGCCUUGGUGAAAGCUGCAGACGCAGGCGGAGUGGGAGGACCAGCGGUCAAACUCGUAGAAGUUGGUCCCCAGAUUGACCUAAGGCCUGACCGCGUGCGUCUACCUUCCGCAGAGAUGUGGAAGUCAGCUGUGAAGUCUCUCGAGAAGGCAAAGGCGGAGGAGAGGCGGGAGCGGCAAAAGGCUGCGGCUGACGGACAGGGUACUGUUGGUGGCCCCCACGCGUCCCAGAAAGUUCAAGGAUCUCAAGCACUUACGAAAAAGAAGAGCAAAAACAUAACGACCAAUGUAUUUGGGGACUCUGUCGGCCGAGUGUAUGUUGGGAACACCGACUUCACCCGUCUGAAGCAAAUUCAGUCACCGAUGCUUCAUAAGCUACGCCGAGAAGAAAACAAGGGGAAGAAGCAACGGAGACAGGAAGAAACGGCAGAAUAA